CUUCGUUAGUACGUAGUAGGUACCUUGAAAGAGCUACGGAUGACGUGAUGCGAAAGUGGGUGUGCCCAAGUAUCACUAUUGACUGGCCGGCUUUCGUACGUGUAGGAUCUAUCUACGUACUUCUACUUAUCGAAAACAAUUCAACUGUCAAAUUUUCUUAAAUACAUCCAUUGUUGUAUCUCGCAGAAACAAAAAUGUCACAACAACAAUACUAUCCGUUUAAAUGUACUCCUACGGUAUAUCCUGCAGAACCAUUUGAUGCAAAUGCAGAUGCUUCGCUGCUACGUAAAGCAAUGAAAGGUUUUGGCACAGAUGAAAAAACAAUUAUUGAUGUCCUUACAAAAAGAGGAAUCGUCCAGCGACUGGAAAUUGCUGAAGCAUAUAAAACAUUGUAUGGAAAAGAUCUAGUUAGUGAUCUAAAGAGUGAACUUACAGGGAAAUUAGAAGAUGUUAUAAUUGCUCUUAUGACACCAUUACCUCACUAUUAUGCUAAAGAAUUGCACGAUGCAGUUAGCGGAUUGGGGACUGAUGAAGAAGCAAUUGUAGAAAUCCUGUGUACUUUAAGUAAUUAUGGCAUACGUACAAUUGCUGCAUUUUAUGAAAACUUGUAUGGGAAAACUCUUGAAAGUGAUUUGAAAGGAGAUACUUCAGGACAUUUCAAGAGAUUGUUGGUUUCGCUUGUUCAAGCAAAUAGGGACGAGAAUCAAAGUAUAGAUCAUGCUGAGGCUGCAGCAGAUGCGCAAGCACUUUACGAUGUUGGCGAAAAACAGUGGGGAACAGAUGAAUCUCAAUUCAAUGCUAUUUUAGUAACGCGUAGUUAUCAACAGUUAAGACAGACUUUCAUUGAAUAUGAAAAAAUAUCCGGACAUGAUAUUGAAGUUGCUAUUAAAAAAGAGUUCUCUGGAAAUCUUGAAAAAGGUCUUCUUGGAAUAGUAAAGUGUGUGAAAUCAAAAGUUGGUUUCUUUGCUGAACGAUUAUAUGCUAGUAUGCAUGGCAUAGGCACAAAAGACCGAACGUUGAUUCGCAUUAUUGUUUCUCGAUGUGAAAUUGAUCUAGGUGAUAUAAAAAAAGCUUUUGAAGAACGAUAUGGAAAAUCACUGGAAAGCUGGAUUGCUGGUGACACAUCUGGAGAUUACAAGAAAGCCCUUCUGUCACUUGUUUCUACAUAAUUUUGAACGAAAUAUUGUAUAAGAAAUUUAAAACUUUGAACAAGUUUUAAUGUACAAUUUUAUGAAAAGUGUUUCGUUCAAAUUACAGAAAAACACGCUUCAAGCGCUUACAUCAAGUGGCAUAAACGAAUCUGUAUUAUAGUGAAUCUUUUUACACAAUUUUUGAAUCUCUACAGCACUGUAACUGUGCUACGAUCUGUUUUUUUUUUCUAAUAAAUUAAAAUUUAUACAUAAUGAAAUAUUUUACAAAAUCACACUGUU